ACAAACCGGGGCGCUGAGCUGACGGCAAUCGGCACAGAAUUAUUCUGGAAAUAGUGAAAAUUGGAAACUUACCUCAAAAAAUAGUCCCAAAAUGAAUAGACGUGCUUGUAAUUUAUUUAAUUACAAAUUUCUAGCAUGCAUUCUAGUUUUGAUUUGCCACUGUUUUUACAACCCGACCGAUAGCGGCGCCGUACAGAUUACGCAAAGUAACUUGGAUAUGGUAUUGGCUUCCAAUGAGGUGGUGUUCAUCAAUUUCUACGCUGAAUGGUGUAGAUUCAGCAACAUGCUGAUGCCCAUAUUUGAUGAUGCCGCUGACGAAGUGACCAAAGCCGGCUAUGACACCGGCAAGGUGGUUAUGGGGAAGGUGGACUGUGACAAGGAAGGAGCGGUGGCGACCAGGUUCCAUAUCACUAAGUACCCCACAUUGAAGCUUUUCCGUAAUGGGUUGCCAGCCAAGAAGGAAUAUAGAGGCCAGCGUUCAGUAGAAGCUUUCUCAGACUUCAUCAAAAAACAGCUGACAGAUCCUGUCAUCAUGUUCAGCUCUCUCAAAGAGCUUCACGACCUGAGCGAGGACAAGAGACAUAUCAUUGGCUACAUGGACCGCAGGGACCAGGAGGAGUACCAGGUGCUCCGGAGGGUGGCUGCUAGUCUCAAGGAUGAGUGCCUUUUCCACGCUGGCUUUGGGGAUGCAUCGCAACAAAUGCAUCCUCCAGGUCAACCAAUCGUCGUGUUCAGAACUGACCGCAAACGUUCCGAAGCCGAUGAAACCUACAAAGGUUCGCUCACAAACUUCGACGAACUAUACAAAUGGGUGCAAGAGAAGUGCAUACCGCUAGUGCGGGAGAUCACGUUCGAAAACGCCGAGGAGCUCACGGAGGAAGGACUGCCGUUCCUGAUCCUGUUCCAUCACCCUACGGACACGGAGAGCGUCAAGAGAUAUAAGGAGAUUAUUAAGAGAGAUUUGGAGUCUGAAAAACAAAACAUCAACUUCCUAACCGCGGACGGCGUGCGUUUCGAGCACCCUCUGCACCACCUCGGCAAGUCCGUGUCUGACCUGCCGCUCAUCGCCAUCGACUCCUUCCGGCACAUGUACCUGUUCUCCAACUACAGUGACAUGGAGAAGCCGGGGAAACUGUUCCAGUUCCUGCAGGACUUGUACUCGGGGAAACUACACAGGGAAUUCCACUACGGCCCAGACCCGAACCAAAUAGGGGACAGCAACGACGUCAAAGUGACCACUCCGCCAGAAUCCACCUUCAAAAAGCUAGCACCCUCCAAAAACAGAUACACGCUCCUGCGAGACGAGUUAUAAGGUUACUGUGACUAGCCCUUAUCAUUUGUGGCAAUCCAUGCCUGAAGCACGGUAUAAGAUCAGUAUGAACUCUUCGAUAUGGAGAUAUGUACGCACGCCGUGUACACACGCAACACAUAUAAGCUGGUGAGAAAGAUUACUUCUCUUUCAUUCUCAUCCGCUUAUAACAGUCAACCAAUUCGAACCCUAGGCCACUCUACAACCAUGUCAAAAUGACAAGUAGUAAGAGAUUUCUUACAAUCUCAUUUAUAACGUCACUACGACAUAGUUCUACAGUGGCCUAAGGUUUCAAGUGGUUGACUGUAUGUUGCGUACGAACACGGCUCGCAUACAUACAAAUAUCGCGCGGCGUAUUUUUGUUAAAAGGGUUACUACUAUUCUUAUUCUAUGCCGGAAGGGUCUUUAUGCUUAAAUGCAUACGGGCACUUUUAUUGUGGAAAGUCGCGUUUAGUUUAAGUUCGGAUCCAUCCAGUUUCACCUUUUUAAAUUAAUUCUAUUCUGCAUUUUCCUUCGAUAUUUAUUAUAACCUUUUUUGAACAAAUGUAUUCACUGCAUUAAAUAAUGCGAAAAUUAUCAGCAUGAAGUCAUCUGCUUAGAACGUAAACUGGUAGAACAUGUAUUUGAGUCCUAGAAUGAUUUUUCACCACAUCAACUGGUAAAGGCUCUCAUGAUUCUUCGGAAACUGAUGAGAUAAUUGUAUUUUAUCCAUAAGAGUGCAAAGUAAUUUGCCCCCUUGUAAAACAAACAACUAUUAGUACCAUUUUCUUACUUGAUUUUAUAUGGUAUGUAGAAUCAGAAAUUCUUAUAAGAAAUCAGGGCUAAGCUAGAUUGGACUUGAAUGGAGAUCAGACCUUAAAAUCGUAUAAACGGUUGAUUUUGGGAUUACCUACUGAAUCGUAACGCGGUGAAAUCAACUGAUACGAAAUAACUUAUUAUUAGAUUUAUUUUAAAAUUAUUAUAUUUAUUUAAAACAAUAUUGGUUGUGUAAGCCACAUCUUAUGCCAAAUCACACGACUGUUUACUUCUUUAAAUAAAUGAAGGAAAUAUUUUAUGUAUUAGUUCUGAAAACGCACGCAUUAUCCGAUCCCAUAUCGGAUGUAGGACCGAUAUCCCAUACUUUACAGGCGCCAUCUUGGAUUUUUUCCUUUGAAAUCUAUCCGAAAUCCGAUAUCGGAUCGGAUAAUGUGAAAACGGACUUACGCUAUAGCGUUGUACUUGUUUACGUUUCACGCGCAUGAGUUUGUGAGGUCAUCAAAUUAAAUAUUGUAACAUUACAUUGUAUUUAUACUGUAAUACAAGCUGGUUUAAUAUAUUAUUAUAGUAUAUAAUAUAUUAUAGCAUAGGUUCAAGAACCGAAUUUAAUUUACAUUUGUAAUCAUAAGUAACUUUUAACUGACCUUUAUAUUUUUUGGGCAUCGAUUUAAUAUUUAUUUCCUUAGCUACCUUUUCCAUAUACAAUCUCUUGAUUGAUAGUACAUUGUUGCACACUAGGUUUUGAUUUUCACCGUACAAAUCAAUGUAAUCUACAUGAAUGUAAAGGAAGUUGCAAUUGAUACCAGUUUUAUUUGAUUUGUAUAUCUUGUAUAUUACUACUUGUAUUAUGUAUUGAUAAGAAAUCUUGUGAUCUAACUACCACUAUUGUUACGGUUUAUAUACGUAUGUAUCUCCUUCGUUGUUUAUUAUUGUUACGCAAGUGUAUGAAGUUGAAAUAGAGCUUGAAAGUGCGUAUUAGAGACACACACAUACUUGCUAAGAUGUAAGGUCUACCAAAGAUCAGUGAAGUUGGUAGUAAGGAAGGUUUGUAAUGGUCACAUUGUUAGAGACACAUAGAUAUACAUAUCUAAUAAGUAGAUUUAUUACGAAUCUUAUUGGAAUAUGUGCCUUUCAAUGCAUGUGUGCUUCAAUAUGAAAUCGAUCUUAUCGACAACCAACAAUGUGGUACCUUAUGAUUGAAAAUGUCGAUAAAUGUCUUUGUCGAUAAAUGCGACCAUUAUAGCCUUCAGUGUAAACGAUAUGUCGAAUACUACAGUGAUAUUGUCUGUCAUUAUUAACAGUCUUAUCUCAGAGCUAAACUACAUUACGGACUAUCGAUUUCCAAUAAAAGUCGCAUUCUUAUUGUUUGAGAUGAUACGACUUAUACUGCUGUGUUUGGAUCCCGGCUUUAACGCCAUAUAGAGAUUGAAUGAAUUCUCUGAGAAAUUUGCAUAUUUGGCACGAAGACAGCCAAGUAGCGUUACCACGAGUUUGACACAAAAAUAUUCGCUAGCGCGUGUGUAACUUCCUGUACAGUAAGUAUACACGCCACUUAACCGCCCUUAGGCGCAAAGGCGUACUUUACUUGCCUAUGUCGAAACGGUUAAGGGUCAUAUGUACUGAAAAAUUCGUACGAUACACGUGCGAAAAGGAAAUUCGUAUCAACGUGUCAAUUUAAAACACUCCAUUCGAUCGAGUUUUCAUUUAUCUCCAAUCGUGUCAAAUUUCGUCUUUUCCGCACUUGUAUCGUAAUAUACUCGGCAUCAAGUUCGUAUUGGCGUGAAAAGUGCGCGCGAUACCGAAUUUCAUACUCGUGGCAAUCCUACAUCUUGUGCCGUAGCCCAAUUGGCAUUUCUGCGACGCGAAACGAAAACGAAACGCCGCGAAAGGUAGUCUAGCUCUGUCGCCCCAAUACGCAAGAGCAAUAGAGAUAGAUAUCUACGAGCGUUUCGUUUCGUGAGCGUUUCUGCCAUUCGGCUACAUACCCUGUUUUAAUCUGAAUUAUUAUAUUGUUGAUACUACUUUGUUUCUUCAUGAGGCGACUUGGAUCAUUAAGUUAUUCGCUUACGAGUGCUACAUUCCUCGAGGUAGAGAGUUGUCACUAAUAUGUGAAAUGUUUGUACAAAUAGUAUGUCUUGUGUCGCGUGUUAUGGUGUAAUAAAUUUCUAAAACUUA